AUGGGCAAAAAAGAAAAGACGGCGCAAAAACAAAAAGAAGAAGAAAUAGAAGAACAACUGAAACUGCUUGAUCAGGAAUACUCUUUUUGGUUUCUAUUCAACGUCCAUGUACAUGUAAGUUAAUAUUUAAUUGUACGUUUUGUAUAUAUUAUACACAGUAUUUUGUUUUAUCAAAUAGUAUAAUGUAUAAUAGUAGUUUGAUCUAACAAACACUACUAUAAUGUGAUAUUAUACAUAGAUGAAUGUUUUAUAAAUAUUACUAAUUAGAUAAUAACUAUGAAUUUUAGUUUUAAUAACUGUUUUUUUAGAAAUUAGUAUACUUAUUAUCAAUAGCAUGCUUGGUAUUUGAUAUUAUGGACGCUGUUAACUUAAUAUGGUACAAGAAGUAUGUUACUCUGACCACGGUAGCUAUAAGGACUUUAUUCGAUCUUCUACUGCUAAUUGGCAACAGAAAGUAUAAACAAUGGAUGUUUGUCUUUUUUUUGUUUUCUAAAGUAAGUUUAACUUUUAAAAUGCCAAGGUAAAUUCAUUUUUUUUAAAUUAAAAUACUUCUUUACUGUAGCUACAUACCUUAUAAUACCACAUGUAUUGUUUUAUGUAUUUUUUGUUCUUUUAUUUAUGCAAACUUUUUAAUCAAAAAUUGCCAAUUACUGUACUGUUCAGAUUGUGCAAUCUUGCUUAGUUGUAUUUUACAUGAUUUACCUUACAUUGACGGUAACUGAUGUCAUAAAACAUUCUGAACGAUUUGACAAGUAUCUGGUUACUGUGGAAAGAACUCCAGAUGCAAUUGCUGGAGCUUAUGUUGCAUUACUUUUAUUGUUACUUCUGUUAGGUAUUGUAAUUUAUUUGGUAGUAAGAGAUUACUACUACAUCGGAAAGCGAAAGGAAAUCACUGUUGAUAGUGAUGAUGACUAA